GCUAUCUUCCUCUUCCUCUUUCCUCUACUUCUUCCUCUUCCUCUUGCUCCAUCCUCACACAGUUCAAACAGAAGAUGUCCAAGCAAUCGAUCUUCCAGCUGUCAAAUAAAAAGGACCCAAGCUCACCGGCUCACUACCGUCACUCUUUAA